AUGUAACACUUUCUGACAGGUAUAUUCCAAUCUUUCAGUAUGUGUGGUCUUCGAAAUAGAAUAGUUCAUAUACUUGCUUUUCGACCUCCUUAAGCUACUUAUGAACUUAGACUUAGAGAAUCAAAAAAAAGAUAAUAAGUUAAUAAAAAAUAGAGAUACUAUUCUUUUGAUGAUAGUGGAUAUUUCAAUAAAUAAAACAAUACAGAAUAAUAAUUGAUCUUAACUAAUGAUUAAUAGUAUCUACAUAGGAAAAGAAAGACUGUUAGAAAUCCUGAGUAAGUUUAGAAUUUAUGUGAAGAUUAUACCCAGAAUAUGAUUUCAUUAAAAUGCCCAAUAAGAAAAUUCAUUCAGAUGAAGAAAUUUUAGUAAAAUCUGAUAUAUGUAAAGUAACUUCUUAUUUUCUCAAUUAAAACAAUAAUUAAUAAAUAGCAUCUGUACAUUUAGAUAGAAAUAGUGAUUAUGUAAUGCUAUUUAGUCAUGGAAAUGCUUGUGAUUUGGGUAUCAUGAUAGAUAAAUUUAUUAGUAAAUACUUAUAUUUAUUAUUUCUAUAGAACUUGUUCAUUAUACAAAGAUAAAUGUUUUUGCAUAUGAAUAUAGUGGAUAUGGUUAAAGUAAAGGUAAGAGUAAUGAUAUAACCAUUAUUCGUAACAUUCAAGUAGCAUAUAAUUUUUUGAUUCAUUAAUUAGGAUAUAAACCAACAUAAAUUAUUGUUUAUGGUUAUAGUAUUGGUUCAGGUCCUAGUGUUACUUUAGCAUCUAAUCCUUAAUUUCCUAUUGGUGGAUUAAUCAUAGAAAGUGGAUUCAGUUCUGGAUUAAGAGUCAUCAAUAAUAAAAUUGAAGAUACUCCUUAUUAUGAUUUAUUCCCAAAUAUUGAUAGAAUCUAACUUAUUUAAUCUCCUAUUUUUAUAAUACAUGGAGCUAAUGAUAAAAUCAUCUCAGAAGAUCAUGCAAAAUAAUUAGCAUAAAAAUCUAAUAACUUAUAUGAUUUAUGGAUUCCUUAAAAUGUUGGUCAUUGUGGAAUUGACACAGAUAUUUAAUAUCGUAAAUGUUACUUCAAAAAAUUAAAAGAAUUUGUAGAUUGUAUUAUUAAUAAUAUUAAUUAUUUAUAGAUAUUACUUUUUAAAAUGAAAGUAUUCCUGAUUUAAUAUAAAAAAAUACUGCCAAGUCUCAUGAUGUUACAACCUAUAAACAUAUUUAUUAAACUAAAUUAUUUUGAAUAUAUUUUUAAUUAGUUAUUUAUUUUUUUGUAUUUCAUUAUAUAAUUUUUAUUAUUAAUUAUUAAAAUACUAUUCAAUGUAAACAUGAUCUUUAUUAUAUAGGCUUCCAGAAUAUCAAUUAAUUUAAAAGGUCUAAUUAUAAGUCUAAAGAAUUCAAAAAAAAUAUCCCUUAAUCUCCAAUGUUGACCAAUUUCAAAUAGAUAUCUCUAAAUUAUUCUCUAUUGAAGAUUAGGAAACUUUGAAAAAAUAAUUACUUAUUGUAUUUCAUUAAUAAAAGUUAUCAAUUCUACCUAUUGAAUUUAAUCAAUUAAGUAAAAAAGAUAAUUAAAUAAUAAUAAAAAGCAUCAAUUCAGAAAUAAAAUUAGCUAUGAAUGGAAGAUUAACGUAUAUUUAACAUUAGCAUAACAUAUCCUAUUAAAUAUUUUCUAAUAAAUGUAUGUAUCAUGGAUAAGUUCUUAAUAAUAAACCAAAUGGAGAAGGAUGUUUUAGAUGGAAUAAUGGUGAAUAAUAUAUAGGUUAAUGGUCAAAUGCUUAAAAACAUGGUUUUGGAUAAUGGAUUGGAACAUAAGAUGAUUAUUAUAUUGGUUAAUGGGUAAAUGGAUAAUAAGAUGGACUUGGAGAGCAUAAAUGGAAUGGAGAUAUAUAUUUUGGUUAAUGGAAAAACUCAGUUAAAAAUGGAUAUGGUGUAGAACAAUUUUAAAAUGGUGAUAAAUAUAUUGGAAAUUAUUUUUAUGGAAAACCACAAGGAUCAGGUGAAUAUAGAUGGAUUGAUGGAUCUGUUUAUUUAGGAUAAUUUUUAGAAGGUAUGAGACAUGGACAUGGAAGAUAUGUAAAUAAAAAUGGUAUCAUUUAUGAAGUAACAAUUUAUUCCUAAUUAGGGAGAAUAUGUAAAUGACUAAAAAAAUGGUAUUGGAUAAUUAAUCAAUAAAGAUGGAACUCAAUAUUAUGGAUCAUUUACCAAUGAUCAUUAAGAUGGAUAAGGAAUAUCUACAAAAUAAACUAUCGAAGGUGAUUAAAUAUAAAAUUAAUAAUAAUUCCUUAAUCACUCUAAAAAUUAAGAAAAACUUAAAAAAUAGUCACCUUCAAAUGAUAAAAAAAAUAAUUCCUCUUCAUAUUAUUAAUCUUAAUUAUACUAAACCUAUCUUAAUUCUUAUCAAUAACCAUCAUUUCGGUAAAAAAUAUAAUAAAAAUUGGAAUUACCCCAAUGCUCCAAAUCAAAUAAUAAAUCUUAAAGCUAAUCCACAAGAAGUUAUUCUAUGAAUCAUAAAAGAACUUCUUAAAUUUAAAAAAAUGUUAAAUAAAAUUAAAAAUCCACUUCUAUCGAUUUGAAAGAUAUUUAUAUUGGAGAUGCAUAUAGAACAAUCAAAAAAUAAUAAGCUACUUUUAAAGAUAAUAAUUAUUUGUUUUUACUCAAUAAUAACAAAAAAUCUAUUAAAAACGUAUUUGUCUAUUGA